GAUGGGCGCUGCAGCCUCUCACUGCCGAGCGGGUGCCAGGAGAAGCUGCCUGGGCAUCCAGCUGAGCGCCGAGCCGCGGUGCCGCUUGCUCGCCUUGACGGGAUGUCCCCGCGGGCCCCGCGGACUCGGGCGCUCCCAGCUCCGAGGCCAGGGCCGAGCUGUGCCCUCCUCGGCGGAGCACGGGCAGCAGCGACGGGGGCUAUCCCUCCUAGGACCAUGGGAGGGAGGAAACACUGCCUGGGGACGUGCCACCGCUGCUGGUCUCGGGUUUGGACAGCGCAGCGACAUCCCGAGCUCGGACCUGCCGGGCUGGGAAAAGCCCCGGGAGGUGAAUCCCCCAGGGCAGGGACGGCCGGGGCUGCGGGGGCCCCAGGGACCCCAGCCUUCGGCCACCCCAGCACCCUCGCCUCCAGCCCGCCCGGGCAUGGACUCGCUCGAGUAAAGGAGUGAGUAACGGGGAGAGAGCGCAGCCUCGACCGGACCCAGCCGCGGGUGCCUCCGCCAGGGGGUCUUCGGGAGCCGACACCGGCGCGGCUGCACCGGAGGGGCACUGCCGGGUCGCCGGGGCGCUGCCCGGACCGGGGGCGAUGGGGCCGGGGGGCACCCCUGCCUGAAGGCCCGUCCCGAGCAGGGAGGGAGCGGAGAGGGACGGGGCCGGUUCCGGGGGCGCGGCGAGCCCGGCCCUUCCCCCGCCCCGCGGUGGAGCUGAGCCGAGCCGGGCUGAGCCGAGCCGAGCUGAGCCGACCCGAGCCGGGUGGGUCCCGCCGGCAGCGAGGCCAGGCCAACUUCUUCAGGAGCAGGUCCUUGUGGGUCCAGAGAGGAACACUGAUGCUCUGCCAAGUCCUCAUCCCCAUGGCCUUUCCUGUCCUGGCUGAUGACCUCGACCUGAUUUGAUGCCCCAGAGCCCCAGGCUGGAGGGAGGAGGCAGUGGGACCACACCCAUCCCUGACAGGGCAAGGUGGGAUUGGUGCCGGCAGCGGCGGGGGGCUCCGGCCAUGGAGCAGAGCCAGGCGGGGGCCUGAGGCUGCUGGAAGGAGCAGAAGCGGGUGCAGGACAUGGAGCCCCCCAACAGCAGCACGGCCGGGCAGGCGAACUCGUGCUUCGGGGUGUUCAAUGCCAGCGAUGGCCGUGCCAGUGCACAGAACAGCAUCGCCUCUCCCUGGUUCUCAACAGCUUUCGGCCUCAUCGGCCUCUGCUCCAACCUCUUUGCCCUCUGCGUCCUGGUCAGCUCCUCCCGCAAGCUCUCCAGCCAGGCCCGCUCCUCCUUCCUCAUCUUCCUCUGUGGGCUGGUGGUCACAGACUUCAUGGGGCUGCUGGUGACAGCCUCGGUCAUCAUCCCCUACCACUUCACCAAGUUCUCCUGGGCCGAGGUCGACCCUGGCUGCCACCUCUGCAACUUCCUCGGCUUCUCCAUGGUCUUCUUUGGGCAGUGCCCGCUGCUGCUGGGGGCCACCAUGGCCGGGGAGCGCUUCUUGGGCAUCAACCGCCCCUUCUCCCGCUCCACCAGCCUCUCCAAGCGCCGUGCCUGGGCCAUCGUGGGGCUGGUGUGGGGCUUCUCCUGCUUGCUGGGACUGCUGCCGCUGUUCGGGCUGGGGCGCUACACGCUGCAAUUCCCCGGCUCCUGGUGCUUCCUCACCCUCCUGCCCGACACUGGUGACAUUGUCUUCUGCCUGCUCUUUGCACUGCUGGGCAUCCUCUCCGUGCUGCUCUCCUUCAUCCUCAACACCGUCAGCGUGGUCACGCUCUGCCGCGUCUACCACGUCCGCGAGUCCGUGCAGCGGCGUCGUGACAGCGAGGUGGAGAUGAUGGUGCAGCUCGUGGGCAUCAUGAUCAUUGCCACCAUCUGCUGGAUGCCCCUCCUGAUCUUCAUUGUCCAGAUGGUCUUGCAGCACCUGCCUGGCCAGGCCCAGGUGCUGCCCACGGACACGCAGGAAAUGCUGCUGAUCUACAUCCGCAUGGUCACCUGGAACCAGAUCCUGGACCCCUGGGUGUACAUCCUGUUCCGCCGGGCCGUGCUGCAGCGCGUGUACCCCCGGCUGCCCCCCCGGCCCUCCAUUGCCUCCCUCAGCCCCUCCCUGCCCCGCAAGCUCACCACUGGAUCCGUGCUGCAGUAGCACCCUGGGGACGGGCACUGGGCCAGGGGACAUGGCCAUCCCCCCCUCACCCACGGUGGAUCCUCAUCACCUGCAUCCAGGGCCUUCCCCUGCACAAGCCUGAUAGCCAAGGGGCUGUCAGGGGGCUGCUUCCCCCUCCCCGUCCUCAAUAAAGCACAACUGGUGCAGC